AACAGGAGCAGAGUUGGAGUGAGCUGAAAUCGAACAGAGGUAUAAGGAUUUAGAUGAUCACAAUCAUCAGCUGACCAUGAAGGUUCCACCAAAAACCGGAUCUUCACUCCCUUUCCGUCUUCUCCUCAUCUCAGCCUCUAUUGCUUAUUGUCUUCGCUCUCAAACCAACAACACACCUAUAAACCAUUUUUCUGUUGAUAGCAUCUCCACUGUCAAGUUCAAAGUGGGUUCACCUAUAAACCAUUUUUCUGUUGAUGGCAUCUGCACUGUCAAGUUCAAAGUGGGUUCAGAGGAUUAGAGCUAAGAAUUUGCACCCAAAAUCCUUCACCUAAUUUGCUUUUAGAGUUUUAGGUUCGUCUUGUUGUUAUAUAGUUCUGGUCUUUUGGAGGAGGGUUUUACUCAGCACCACGUACACACUUAAAAUGUUAUGUUUGCAAAAUGCUAUUGGGGAAAUGGGGAUCUAUUCUCAGUUUCUUAGCCCAAAAGAUUUGACCCGAUGGAUUCUCGAUCACGCUGAGGUCGCGGUUAUGCCCCUAGCUACUCAGGAGAAACCGCGGAUUGCUGGUUCAUUGUCUGAAGCUUCAUUCAGAUCUGCUCGAGGUAUGAAGUCAAGUGACUCUGUCUUGCCUGCCGACGUUGCAAUACUUGCUGAUCAAGUGGAAUCCUUUGAGCGAGGUCUUGGUAGGUCUUUUUUUGCAAGCUCUGUAGAUGAAUCGGAAUUCUUUCUGAUAGGUCCUGAUUUGAAGAAGUUGAGAUAUCCUGGAAUACCUGGUGAUAUGUUACACCUUUCUAAAGGGGACACCGUACCUGCAGAUGGGCUGUUUGUCUUCGGAUACUCUGUCUUAAUCGAUGCAUCGAGUUUAAUUGGUGAGAGUAAGCCUAUAGUGGUAACUCCUGAAAACCCUGUCCUUGUUGCUGGAACUAAGGUUUUAGAUGGACAAUGCACAAUGAUGGUUACCAGAGUAGGGAUGACAAUCGAACAUGAAAGUUUGAUGGGUUACAUACAAGUUCUAAGAAAUAGAUUGGGGCAGAAUACGAUAGAUUAUAAAGCACUUGUUUGCUUCGUGGCCGCUUGCAGAACUAUGGUGAUCAAUUCAAACAGUUUGUUUGUAACUGUUCCUCUUGAUGAAGCAUCAGUCAAGCAUCUUCAAGUUACUAGCAGUGAUUUUGCUGGUGAGGGUCUUGGAACUUGGUGCCUUGGGUAUAUGGAACUAGACAAAGAAUUCUCAGCUGAGGAUCCCAUUCCAACUUCUGAAUAUACUUGCAUAGGAAUUGUUGGCACUACAAUUCCUCCUGGUAUCAAGGAGUCUGUUGCAAUUUGCCGUUCAGCUGGUAUCAAUGGUGGAGCUACUGAAAGGACCAACUGGGUCCUGUGCCCCUGCUAAGCUUCAAUUUCGGACAACAUACAUGUUGUUUUGGAUAUGUAACAUAUAUAUGAUUGCUCAAUUCCUUAUUGUUUGGGGGUCUGUAAGACCCAUUUCAAAUAAAAUUGUUCCUCUUUGAGUCUCC